AACAAAAGAAAGAGAAGGAAAGUCGUAUUUUGAUAUUAGGUUUUUGUGAAUCAUGGACAGUUGUUUUUGUAGUUGUUAAAUACAAUUAUAAUUUUGUAAUUCUUUGAGAGCUGAAUGAGACGGAAUAAAACGAUACUGACGAUAUCAACUGUUCCCAGAAAACCAUAGUUCACUGACCUGAAAUUACUAUUGAUUGGAAUUAAAGUUAUUGAAACAAAACCAGGUGUGAGAAAAUUGACAUAAUUGUAAUUAAGUUUGUGCAUGAAUUUAUUAACAAAAUGCAGAACGAACAUCGCAAGGCAAUACAAAAUAAUUUCGGCUCGUUGGUGGAGCAAACUGACCUCGACGUGAUGGUUUCGGCUCUAUACGAAAAAGGAGUAUUUUCAGAACAAAUGAUCGAACCUUUUAAAGACACUAACAAGGAUACAAGGACAAGAAAACGUCAGUUGUACAUGGACAUAAUGAGACGGGGGCCUGAUGCGUUUGGCCACCUCCUGGAAGCACUGGAAGAGAAUGGCUACUGGAACCUGGUGCGCGACCUUGACCCCGCCAGUUCCUUGCAUCUGCAGCCCAGGAACACAUACAAUAAUCAAGAUUCAAAAAGUGGGGAGAGUAACUAUGUUAGUAUAAGGACAGAGAAAAAGAGAACCAAGUCUAAUGUUGAAGCCACCAAGAAUGAGAUUCAGGCAGCAUCCUCGGCAAGUCAUAAGGAAGGCACCGACCCCUCUGUAGAAAUUCCAUACUUCCAUGUUGUUAAAUCUAGGCAGUUCUUUGAAGACAAUGUGGAUAAGGAUAUAAAGUUGUAUAAAACGCGAGGGCAUCAGCGCGGCAUACUGGUCAUUUUCAGCUAUAUCCAGUUCUGCAACGAUAUCGAGAAGUAUCGCAAGGGCGUCGACAUCGACUGCAAGAAGCUCAAGUACCUGUUUGAUGAGAUCGGUUUCUCUGUCAUCGCCUAUCAGAACCUCACCAAGCAGGAGACGGAGACGACGCUGAAGCGGCUGGAAGAGGUGCUGGUGGGCACGGAGUGCGUGUUCAUCGUGGUAUCGUCACACGGGUACGAGCGCGCGCCGCGCAGCGCCGACACCGACAUCCGCUGCUCCGACGGACACCUCCUCUCCUUCCUUGACAUCGUGGAGCGCUUCAACAACGCCAACCUGCCCGCGCUGCGCGGCGUGCCCAAGGUCUUCAUCUCGCAGCUCUGCCGGGGUCGUAACGAAGAGUGGACGCUGGUGCCGCGGCGGCGGGCGGGGGGCGCGGGGGACGCUGCGGGCGCUGCAGCAGACGGGGCGGGCGGAGCGCGCGGCCCGCACGGAGCCCGCGUCGAGAGUGAUGGCGCGCGCUGGGAGGAGCCGCUGGAGCGCCAGCCCGACCGCAUCUACUCCGACAUACUCAUUGCUCACUCCACGGUGCCCGGUUUCGUGUCGCACCGGGACCCGGAGAAGGGUUCGUGGUAUAUACAGGCGCUGUGCGAGGUGUUCGCGGCGCGCGCGCACGACUGCCACGUGGAGAAGCUGUUCACGCUGGUGGACGAGCGCAUGUACGACCACUUUCAAGUGCAGACCUCCUCCGUCGAGAAGUGGGGCUUCAACCGCCGCCUCUACCUGCACCCAGGACUCUAUGAGGAUUGACGAUAUUGUGUAUCUCUAAAGAAUUGAUCAAAGUACAUCUCUCUUUAUCCAUUACGUUAUUAAGUUAAUUUAUUUAAGCAAUAAUGAUAUUAUUAAAUUAAUCA